AUGAAAGAAGUCGAAGAGUUUGCGAGGGAGGGAGGCAAGUCGAAGCUUGUGUUCUUCUUGCAAGCAGACAGUCAAGAGGCCGAGGAUGGCGCUGCUGCCAAGCCAAGGAUCUUCCUUGUAGACCCACAAGAGAGUGUUCUCGUGGACAGGUGUAUUUUCUUCUUGAAGCGCAAGUCGGACAGCAUCAACGCAGACACUUUCGAAGAAGAUGUCAUGGUCGGAGACUUCUGCACCCCAUUGCUUGACAGCAUCUCCCUCCUCCUCUCCGAGGUUCACAGCCCGAUUCUGCACGAGAAGAGCUACGACUGGAAGGGGAUCGGAAAGGAGACGGUGUACACGUGCCUGAGCUGCGUCGACCAGCUCAUGAACCAGGUGAACGAGGAGAUGAGCACCAUGUACGGGGGGGUGAGCCUCGAGCCGGUGGAGGAUUGGAUCAUGGAGGACCCCCGGGCCGCCGAGGGCUUGUACAACAAGAUGGCGCUGGACGACGAGGUGUUGGGGUACAUGGAGCUGGUUCUGGAGCAGUGGUGCAUUCAGGUACACACGGUCUUGCACGAGAACGAGAUCAACCGAGUGAUGUCGCUCGGCCCGCGAUCAGAAACAACAUGGUGGCGCAAAAGAUCCACAAAGUUGUUCAAGAUCAUGGAGCAGCUCAAGGGUAGCCAGGCGAAGCUUGUGCUGGGGGUGUGCACGGCAGCCAAGUCCAAGGGUGUGAAGCGUUGGAGACAACUGGAUGAACAGAUGACAGAUGCAAUGAAUGAUGCAAAAGACAACGUCCGGUUGCUCUCAGACAUUGAUCUCUUGCUGGAACCCUUCUACUCUGGCGAUCUAUCGCAGGUGAAGCUAGCUCUGCCGGAUCUGUUUGCAAGGCUGAAGAUGAUAUGCUCUGUGUCGAAGUACUACAACACUCGGAGACGAAGCACUCGUCUGUUGUUCAAGGUCGGACAUCAACUGAUACAGAUAUCUCGUAAAACUCUGCAUGAUGGAGGGAAGAUUCUCGAGCUUGAACCUGACAAGGCGUUGGAGAGUGUGAGAACAGCCUUAGAGCUCUGCAGACGGUAUGAAGAACAUGUCGGCAACCUCCGGGAAAGACUGCUCUCGCAGAAAGGAAAGAGUUUGAACAUCAAGAAUGAAGAUGUAAUGGAAGAAGUAGCUCAGUUCAUCACACGGCUCGAGGCGGUCGAGGUGAUCCUGGAGACUAUCCAUCAGUUUUCAACGCUUAAACGAGCCCCGAUAGACGGACUCGAUGUGAUCAAGCUGGCAUUUGACGAAGUGCUAGCCCUGUUAAGAUCCAAACCUUACGACAUCCUUGAUCACUCAGUGACCAAGUUUGAAGAAGACUUCCACGAAUUUCAAGAAAGAAUAUCAGCCAUCGAAGUCUCAAUACGUGACUUCAUAGAAGUUUCCUUCGAUGAAAUCCCCAGCAUCGAAUCUGCUCUGGACCUGCUCUCCAAGCUUGAAUCGAUCCUACAACGGGACUCAUUCAAGGUGCACCUCGAAGACAAGUACAACCUGAUCUUCUACCAUUACGGUCAGAAGCUGGAGAGCAUUCAAGAGAUGUACGACAAACUGAAAUCGAAUCCUCCCCACCUAAGGAAUGUUCCGACUGUUCCCGGCAACGUCCUGUGGGUGCGACAUCUGCUGUACAUGGUGGAGGAUCCAAUGAAAAGGUUCAAAUGCAGUAAAGUCAUCAUGACGGCACCAGAGUCGAAGAAGAUCAUCCGCUUGUUCAACCGGGUCGCCAAGACUCUCAUCGAGUACGAGACUCUCUGGCUGCAAGCUUGGUUCAAGUCCAUCGAGCAGUCCAAGAUUGGUCUGCAAGCCACCUUGCUUGUUCAGCACCCUGUCGACUCUCGACUUUGCGUCAACUUCGACCCAGCAGUCACCCAGCUGAUCCGAGAAGGUAAAAUCUUACGUCGUCUCGGGAUCAAGUUGCCCACCUCAGCUCUCAAUAUUCUCCAGCAGGAGUCCAAGUUCAAGAGCUACUACGACAGCCUUAACAACUUCCUCAGCGAAUAUUACAAGUUCCUCAACCGCAUCCCCAAGAGCGUCCAGCCGCUGCUGGAGUCUCACCUGCAGGAGAUGGAGCUGGUGAUCCGACCGGGCCUCGUCUCUCUGACUUGGCAGUCGAUGAACAUCGACGGUUACCUCGUCCGCAUGCACAGCUUGCUGCUCAAGCUGAGUGUCCUCUUGCAAGGAGUUUCAGACGUGUUGGACCUCCGUGUCGCCAAGAACCUCAGUUUCAUCCGAAACAUGUCUCUCAUUCGCUUUCCUGAAGAAGGCAAAUUUUCUAUCGACGAGUUCAUAACGUUGCAGAAGCAAGAGCUGCAGAAGUAUGCAAGCUUUCUACAGGGGAAACGGUCAGAGGUGCUAGAGAGCCUGCAUGAAGUCAUAGACAAGAUCAGACAUUUCUCAUCUGAGUUUGGCAACGAGUGGACCAUUCUUCCGGAUCGCAUAGAAGAUUUCAUGCAGUUUCACUGUAACUCAUUCUAUCACUCAAUCUUGUGUUCUGUUCGAAGAUCUUUCAACGAUAUCAAGAGGCGACUGGGGUCGAGGGUGCAUGCGUCAUUCCUGUUUCUAGAGAGACCUUUCUUCAACCUCGAUGUUGAGCUCUCCAUUCCCAGCAUCGUCGCUCAACCUUCACUCAGUAUAGUUCAAGAUGCGAUCAAUGAAACCGGGAGGUUGGUUCUACGAGCUACCAAGUCGUUGAAAGUGAUUGCGAGCUCCUCGAGCAACAACAAGAGUGAGACUUACUAUGAUAGAAUAGCAGCAGAUCGCGUCAUCGUGCAAUCGGUAUUGCUCCUUGCUGGCAGCGUGGAGGGAUCGAGGAGGACUGUGUUGGAGUACCUGCAGGGCUUUCAACGAUUUCAGUUCCUGUGGGUGGAGGACAAGCUCGCUGCCUACUCGAGUUUCGUCAAGUCGAAGCCAGACCUCUUCCACUAUGAGGAACAGUUCAUGAAGUUCUCGCGAAUAGAAGCCGACAUCAAGGCCAUCGCUCCCAUGCACAACAUCGGCUGCAUCAGCCUCCGCACCCAAUCCCUCAAGUACUCUCUCAUCGCCGAGACCUUGGCGUGGAAGUCCAUGUUUGCCAGGAAGCUGCACGCCAAGGCCAAGGAGGAGAUGGACUCGCUGGUAUCCUUCAUUAACACCAACGUGGAAUGGCUCAGCAAGGAAGUCUCGACCAUCGAAGACGUCGGCAUGUCCCUGCAGUGGCUCCGCGAUCUUCAAAGCAAAGAGAGUGACAUCGAACAACAGAUCGUUCCAAUCGAGAACAUGUACAAUAUCUUAACCAAGCACGAAGUCAGGAUACCCAAGGAAGAGGCAGAGACUUUGAUGAAUUUGAGAAAGAUGUGGGAUAGAGCCAUUGAAAUGGGCCAUGAAAGAAGCUCCAGGUUGUCAAGCUUACAAGCAGGCUUCCGUCGAGAAAUAGUCAAGUCUGUGAAAUCGUUUUCUCUCGAAGUGAUUCAGUUCUGCAAUGAUUACGAUAUGAACGGGCCGAUGCUCGCAGGCCUAGCAAAUGCAGAGGCCAUGGAGCGUUUAAAGAAGUAUCAGGUGUUGUACAGCGAGAAGGAGGCGAGGAUGAGGUCCUUGCAAGAGAGGGAGGAGAUGUUUGGGUUGAACGUGACGUUCUACAAGGAUCUUGACAGAGUGCGGCAAGAGAUCGAGCUCUUCAACUCUCUUUACACCUUGAACGCGAGGGUCGAGGAGCACAUCUCCCACUUCUCCGAGAGCCUCUGGAACGAGGUGCAGGGUCAGAUCCCCUUUCUCGAGUCUUCGCUCGAGAGCUUCGCGCACGAGCUCGAGAGCCUCCCGGCCAUCCUCCGCGACUGGUCCGCGUACAAGAGCCUCAGGUCGACCAUUCGUGACACCCUGGCGGCCGUUCCCGUCCUUUCCCUCCUUAGCCAUCGGGCCAUCCAGAGGCGGCAUUGGGUACAGAUCAUGAACACAGGGGGACAGCAGGUCAGCCUGUGGAACCUAGACCCGGGCUCGAUGAAGCUGAAGCAGAUACUGAACCUAAACUUGACUUCCAUCCAGGGAGACAUCGACGACAUUUGUGAGAGCGCGAAGAAGGAGCAGGAGAUGGAGGACAAGGUCUCGUCGCUGAGCGAGCAGUGGAAUGACAGGCAGCUCCUGUUCUCCGACUACAACGGGGGAAAGUCCUCGAUCCUCGACCCUCACGGGAUAACCGAGCUGAUGGAGACUCUCGACGUGUCCAUCAACGACCUGCUGGCUAUCUCCGGCUCCAAGACGGCUGAGGCGAUCUCGGAAGACAUCGAGACAUGGCUAGCGAAGCUGUCGGAGGUAUCGGAGGUGAUGGAGAUGUGGAACCACGCGCAGUCCAUGUGGAUUCAUAUGGAGCCCAUCUUCUCCGACGGGAACAUCUCCUUGGAGCUGCCCAAUGAUGCGAAACGAUUCGCUAAGAUCGAUCUCAACUACUCGCGGCUCAUGUCUAGGGCCCUUCACAACAGGAACGUGGUCAACUCCUGCACAUCAGACCAUCAGAUCAAGAGCUUGCUGCCGCACCUGACGGAACAGCUCGAACAGUGCCAGAAGUCUCUCGUCAACUUUCUCGAGAGAAAGCGCGACGCUUUCCCGCGCUUCUUCUUUGUUUCCGACAAUAUCCUCCUCACGCUCUUGAGCGAACAAGAAAGCUCCUCAUCUCUCGAGCAAAACCUGUCGACGAUGUUCUGCGGCAUCAGAGGGUUUGUGAGCGAGGGAUCGGAGAGCGGGGGGAGGGAGAUAACGGGGGUGAUCUCAAGGAAUGUUUCGGACGAGGAGAGCGUGCUGUUGUCAAACCCCGUCAGUCACAACUCAAAGUUCGAGCUGCUGCUCCGAGACGUCUUGUCCGAGACGCAGGUCAGUCUGAGGCAGGCCGUCCACUCAGCCAUCAAGAAGGGAGUUGCGUACGUCCUGUCUGACCUCCUCGACAACUUCCAGGAUCAGGUCUGCACUCUAGCACUGCACGUUCACUGGACUCAGGACACGAUACAUGCCUUGUCUCGGGCUAAGACCGAGAAGAACCUGAUGAACGCGGCCAACAAGCGGAACGUGAACAACGUCGUUGAGCUCACGAAGUUGCUCAACUCAAGCUUGACAAGCCUGCUGAGGGUGAAGGUCCAGAACCUCCUGCUGCUGCAGUUGUACCUCAAGACCUGCUUCGAAGAGAUGUUCAACCUCAAGGUCUCGAGCCCCGACGACUUCUUGUUCCUCCGGCAUGUGAACGUCUUCUUCAUGUCCAGCGAUGAAGCCCUGGACGUGAGCAUCGCUGGGAUCAGAUUGAGGUACGGGAACGAAUACCUGGGACUCAACAACCGGGUGGUCGUGACGCCGACGACUGAUCGAUGCUUCGUCUCCUUCUGCCUCUGCCUCUCAUCCCUCAGCUGCAAUCACUUUGUGGGGGCAGCAGGAUCGGGGAAGAAGACCACCAUCAGGGAGUUUGCUCGCUUCUGCGGGAGGUUCUUCGUCUUCUUCAACUGCAGCGAGCUAGUGGACAUCAGCUACAUGGAAAGGUGCUUCAAGGGCGUGCUCAAGAGCGGCUCCUACGGCUGUCUCUUGCACAUCGACAAGACCCUGGCCAGUGUGCUCUCAGUCAGCUCCCAGUAUCUCUUCGACUUCCUCCAAACUUUCAGGGCCCGGCAAGCCUUGUCCCUAGAGGACAGCCUUGCGGGAGCCAAGAAGCAACCUGAUGCCGCCAUGUUCUUCACGUCGGCCGUGCUGCCGGGGGGGGCGAGCCUCCCGCACGUCUUGCCGUCCCUUCAGCAUCACCUGCGGACAUUCAUGGCCGUCAGCCCCGACAAGCAGGGGAUCCUCGACGUGAAGCUUGCCUCGCUGGGGGUCGAAGAGCAUCUGAAGCUCGCAAGGAAGCUGAAUGUGCUGUCUGACUUGUUCCCUUGCGUCAUCAACAGAGUUGAGUAUGUGCCGAUCAUCAGCAUGCGCAACCUGAUUGCAAUCUGCAACAAGGUCGGCAAGUUCAAGCAGGAGGGUCUCCACAGGAGCGACACCAUCUCGCUGCUGGUUGCGAUCAAAGAGAAUGUUCUGUCGUGUCUGCACACGUCAGACAAGAUGCUGGUGAUGGGCUUGCUGGCUGACUUGUUCCCCGGUCAAGAAGUGGACGUGCCGUACAGUCAAGACCUGCUGCAACUCAAGGACGGGAUUGUGAACCAUCUCACCAAGGAGAAGAUGGACAAGCAGCCUCUCUGGAUAGAGAAGAUCCUCAACAUCUACGACGGGAUCUCAACUCGUCUCGGUGUGGUGGUGAUCGGUCAGUCUGGCCUCGGAAAGACUUCCAUGAUAUCAACUCUUGCGCAAGUCCUCUCAAACCAGGAGAACCCGCACAAGGUUGCCAUCCAGCGAAUGUUCAGCAAGAGCCAGGACGUGUCGCAAAUGUUUGGACACUUCUGCCCCUCCACCGGCAAGUGGCUGGACGGGACCUUCUCCUUCCUCUGGAAGAGAUCGACCUACCAGAACGGCUUCAACACUUGGAUCUGCCUUGACGGAUCCAUCGACGACUCGUGGGUCGAGCAGCUGGGCUCUACCCUGAGCGGCUUCCAGGUGUUGAACCUGUCCAACGGAGAUCGCAUUCCUGCCAAGGUCGGGACCAACUUGAUCUUCGAGACAGACAGCCUGCAGAACGCCUCUCCUUCCUUCCUCUCCUCGACCUGUGUCGCCUACGUGUCUUCGUCUGCCCUGCCUUGGCGCUCUGUCGUGAACAAGUGGAUAGAGGAAAGGAACACAGACGAGAGGACGCUGCUCCGAUCACUCUUCGACAGGUACUUGGAUCAGGUCCUCCACUUCUUCAAGAUGCAGUGCUCCAGGACUAUGGUCACGUUUGACAACUACGUUCCCCUCGCCAUCACCCGCUACUUUGACUGCGCUUGCAAGUACCUUGACUUCCGUUGGGACUCCAGCGGCGAGCCGUUCCUCGAGAAGGUCUUCAUCUUCUGCUUGUGCUGGGCGUUCGGAGGUGUCAUGGAGCCUGGGGAUCGAGUCAAGUUCGGUCAGUUCCUGCACACCAUGACUGACCUGCUCCCGACGGUUCCGUUCGGCGACACCCUCUUCGACUUCUUUCCUGAUGACAACAGGAUGGACUGGGAGCACUGGAAGACGAGGGUGAAGGAGUGGAACUAUCAGAAGCUUGUCCUGCAGGAGCUCUUCGUGCCCUCGAUCGAGACAGUCCGCAGCGACUACCUCCUCAAGUUCCUCAGCACCAAGAAGAUGAACGUCCUGAUCACGGGGACCCCAGGCUGUGGCAAGUCUACCCUGAUGCAGCGAUACCUGUCCAGCCACGACAGCGACAAGUUCAUAUGGAGUUACAUGUCGCUAUGUCCGAGCUCGACGGUCGAGUCCUUGCUUGAAUCUCUUCACUUCAUCAUCGAGAAGAAGCAGGGGCGCACCUACCUGCCUGAGAACGGCAAGGCCUGCACCGUCUUCGUCGACGACAUCAGCUUGACUCCUGUCGACCCCUGGGGCGAGCAGAAGCUGUGCGAGCUGCUGCGGCAGCUGAUGAUAGACAACGGGUACUACAGCCAUGAGCUGCCGAGCGAGUGGCGGACAUUGAUCGGGAUCAACUACCUGGCAGCCAUGAGCCACCCAGCACACACUCAGAAAGACAUCUCAGUGAGGAUGAAAGCUCAAUUCGUUGCGAUGAGUCUGGGGUCGACGAGUGACACGUCAGUCAACCAGAUCUACUCUAGAGUCUUGGAGCGAGUCUACAAGAAGCGCAAGGCCAGGGAUGAGCUGCUGGCGAUCGCCAAGAAACUCCCGGAGAUGACAAGUAGCCUACUGCAGCACGUGCGAUCCAACCUGAUAGUGAGGAACAAGAACCCCCUGCACACCUUCAACUUCCACGACAUGAUCGCCAUCUUCACGGGAGUGCUCAGAUGUCACCCUGAAGACAUGGAGUCUUGCAACGUGCUCGUCAGGCUGUGGCAGCAUGAGUGUGAGAGGACGUUGAAGGACAAGCUCGAGGAUGAGCAUGAGAGAGACAUCGUUGCUGCGGGAGUCAAGUCCGUGCUUGACACCUUCAGCAUGUCGAGUCACCUCAAAGACGGCUCGACCAGCGGCGAACACUGCUUGUUCGGGGUGUUGGGCAACGGGAAGCGCUCUUACUGUCACGUCUCUGACAUGGAGAAGCUGACGGAGGACGUGGAGAUGUGCAUGGAGGCCAACGGGUUCAGUCGCGAGCUCUUCGAUGACGUCAUCAAUCAGAUGCUGAGGAUCGCGCGAGCCAUCGGAAUACCCCGCAAGUCGAUCAUGCUCGUCAGUCUGCCUGGGUCAGGGAGGAAGUGGAUUUCUAGGCUGGCAGCUCGCAUGUUGUCAUCGGACGUGGUCGAGGUGGACUCGACUCACAACUUGGAGGAGACGAUCUUGACCUGCUACAAGACAGCCGGCCUGGAGGCGAAGCCCGUGACAGUGAUAGUUGAAGAUGCUGUGUUCGGGGACACGAUGUGUUCUGAGACGUUGAACCAGCUGUUGAGCCAUGGGAGGUAUCCUUCACGGAUCUCGAGGGUUGAACUUCAGAACUUCUCCGAGCUGAUCCAGAAGGCGAUAAAGAAUGAGAGCCAUACCCUCUUCUCCAACCGCCAGCUCCUUCGCAUGCUCGAGUGCAGAGCCUGGGACAACUUGCACCUGGUCUUCUGCUUCGACCAGUACGAAAGGCUCCUGAAAGCUUGCAACGAGGUUCCUGCCAUCCCCAAGUCGUGCUACGUUGACGUCUUCCUUCCUUGGAAGCCCGAGACCGCCCGGCAGGUCGCCUUUUCUCAGCUCAGAGAUCUCCAGCUUGACUUCCAGGCCGACCCGGAGGUGAUCUCAGCCUACGUGGCUGGUGCCCACACGCUGGUGCUGAGGAAGUCGAAGGAGUACGAGAAGAAGGUGAGGAGGGAGCUGCACGUGGGGCCCGGGCUGUUCCUAUCGUACCUCGACACCUUCAAGCGGAUCUUCCGCAACCAGGUUCAGUUCAUGUCCAAGAAGAUGGAGAGGACGCACGGAACCCUCAAGAAGCUCAGAGACGCGGGGUUUCACGUCGCCGAGCUCAAGAGCAGGCUCAAGGACCGCAGCAUGGAGCUUGCGGACGCGCAGGCAGAGUCUGCGGGGAUGCUGCAGGAUAUCAGCGACAUAGUGAAGCAGGCGGAGAGGAUGAAGGCGACGCUCAUGACGGCCAAGAACCGUCUGGCCGAGCAGUCGCAGAUGCUGCAGCAGGAGCGGGAGGGCCUCCAGAAGGACUUGGACUACGCCACCCCCUUCAUCUCCGAGGCCUUCGAAGCCGCAAAGUCCAUCCCCCCCGAGGAGGUGAAGUCGCUGGCGGGAAACAAGAACCCUCCUUUCACCACCCGCCUCAUCUUCGAUACCGUCCUCAUCGCCCUCGCACGGCCUCUGAGGCCCGUGGAAGUGAUUGACGGGAAGCUCUAUCGGGACUCGUACCUCUACGUCGCUGACCUGCUGGGCGACGAGCAGCUGCUGGAGAAGCUGGUCAAGACGUGCGAGUCAAAGAUCAACGGGGAGACGGCUGAGCUGCUGAUGCCUUACCUUGAAAACAAGGAGUUCCGUAACGCCAGCGCCAAGGUCUCGUCAAACCUCCUCCUGCUCGUCUCCUCCUGGGUCCAGAACCUUGUGAGGUACUACCAGACCAUCGACAGGAGCUCGGUGAAGAAGUCGAGGAUCGCGUCCUUGGAAGAGUCCGUGGAGGUGCUGGGAAUGCAAGUGAAGGAGAUCCAGUCGGAGUUGGAUGUGGUACAGGAGGAGCUCGACAAGUUUCAAGACAACUUCGACGACUCGCUCAAAAACAAGCAGGCGGUGGAGAAGGACGAGAGCACCUUACAACAGAAGCUAUCCAUCUCCACCUCCCUCCUCACGAACCUCCAGCGCGAGAGGAUACAGUGGAUGAAUGACCUGGAGGAACGCAAGAACGAGAUGAAGAAGCUCGCGGGGGACUGCGGCAUCGCCUCUGCCAUGAUGGUGUACCUGGGGCCCUUCAGCAAGGACGCCAGGACCGAGAUCAUGCAGUCACUUUCUUCCUGGUGCCACGAGUGUGAGAUCGAGUUCUCCCACGAGCUUCACGUCCCCAAGUUCUUCACCACCCAGAACGAAAUCAGCUCCUGGUUCCUCCAGGGCCUCCCCUGCGAUGAGUUCUCCAUCCAGAACGGCAUCUUGACCUGGUACUGCAGCAAGCCGCCUGUCCUCAUUGACCCACAGGAGCAGUGCGUCACGUGGCUGAGAGGGAAGCUCGACCCUCUCGUCGUCCAUGGGGCCGCGUACGAGCACUCCAUGCAUAAGAUCGAGAGCUCCGUCGUGCUGGGACGGGAGCUGGUCAUCGUCGGGAUGGAGGUUGACUUUCCCCGGAGCCUCCUCUCCCUCGUUCAGAACUUGAACGCGUACAAGAGGACCUCGGAGACCAAGUGCAGCCUGCUGGGCAAGGAGGUGGACAUUCACAGCAACUUCCGGCUGUUCCUAGUCACGAACGCGAAGAGAGCAGGUUUCAAACCUCACAUGUUUGACAAAGGAACAGUCAUCGACUUCUCCAUCACGUUCAGCGGCCUAGAGGAUCAGAUCCUCAACACGGUGCUGCGGGAGGAGAACGCGACCCUGUACCAGGAGAAGUUCCAGCUCAUGCGCAGGAUCAACGACUUGCGGGAGAAGGUCGACGAGAUGGACGAGGUGCUUGUGGAGGAGAUCUCAAGACUCGACGGCAACCUCCUCGACGACCAGCCCUUCAUGCAGAGCCUGGAGCUCAAGAUAGCGACUCUGCACGAGACGGAGGAGGAGCUCAGCGCGGCUGAGGAGCAGGAGGCGGACGUGACCUCCAAGUGCGACGAGUAUCGCUCGUUGGCGACCAGGGGAGCACACCUCUACACGGCAGUCUCUGACAUGGCCGAGGUGAACCCCAGCUAUGUCACCAACUGCAGCAUCUUCCACCAGGUCUUCACCUCCGCGUUCCCUGAGCGGGAGCGGAUCAUGUCGUUUGACAGCAGGCUCUCGUCCCUCCUGCAGCAUUCGACGGACGCGGUGACGAGCUUCUUCUCGGGGGGGUACGACAGCAAGCACCGCAUGAUCUUCAUGCUCCUAGUCGCCCUCAAGAUCGCCCUAGGGGAGCAGGAGCAUGCCGAGCCCGACUACCUCCUCUGCCUCGCUGGCUGCGGGUCGAGCCUGGAGAUCUCGCUGGGACCCAAGAAGCACGCGGCCUGGAUCUCCGACGCCGCCUGGCUCAAUUGCGUCUUCCUCUCCGAGCGGAUCCCCAAGUUCCAGAACCUGCUGGAGUCGCUGCACAAGAGUAACAGCGCGUGGAAGGGCUGGUACGAGAAGGAGAGCCCCGAGACCGACGCGUCUGUUGACCCCGAGCUGGACCUCCUGCACCGGCUGCUGCUCGUGCGAGCGAUGCGGGAGGACAGGCUGUGGUUCGCUUGCGACCUCUUCGUCCGUCAGACCGUCGGAGCGUCGAGAAGCCGAGGGUUCACGGAGCUGAACCUGGAGGAGAGCGUGCGGUACACCUCCCCGCGCACUCCCAUCCUCCUUUUCACCGCCAAGCACGAGGACAGCAUCGACCUGGCGACGGAGUUUUCGCGAUCCAAGGGGAGGAGCCUCAACGUCCACGCGUUCGGGGAGGAGGAGCUGGGGGAGGCUGAGGGGCAGAUCAAGCAAGCUGCCUCCAGGAGCUCCUGGCUGCUGCUGCAUCACUGCGACAGCAACCAGCCUCUCAUGCGCUUAGUCGAGACCUUCCUCCUCUCCUCCGAGGGCUCCUGGGACCCUGACUUCCGCCUGUGGCUCACGGUUUCGGAGAGGUCGCGGGUACCCCAAGAGCUCGCCCGCAUCUCCGUCAAGGUCUCUCGGGACAGGCCCAAGUCCAUCAGGGACUCGAUCUCCCUCUUCCGGCCCUCCUCCCUCCCCCUCGGCCCCUCAUCGACGGAGGGAAGCAGGAGAGUCUGGGACACGUUCAAGACCCGCUGGCUGCUCUGCUUCGCGAUUCUCCAGCAGAGAGGAAAGUUCUCCUCCUCCUCGUGGAACUCUCAGCUGGACCUGGAAGCGACCGACUGGAAGUACUCCAGCAGCGUGCUGGAGGACUUUUGCAGCUCCUUCCAGGACAGGUACGGGCUGAGGGAGAUGGUGAUGAGGAUGAAGGAGCUGGUGGAGCAGCACCUGGUCGGGUCGAAGCAGCAGGACGAGGUCGAUCGCAAGGUGCUGGCGACUUACCUGGACAGGUUCCUCGUGGAGAACUUGAGCAGCCAGCAGGUAGCCGAACUCCUCCAGGACCCCGCGAGCUCUGAGGUGCCCUUCGACCAUAUGCUCGACCUCCUCCCUCCCUCCGACGCUGCUGCUCAGUUCGGACUCUCCUCCUACCACGACCAGGCGUACAGGGUGAAGCUCGCAGACCAGCUCAUGGAGGGGAUGAAGCUGCUGACAACGCCAGCGGAGGAGGAGCAGGACGUGGAGGAGGUGGAGGAGGUGGUCAGGGACAUCGCAACCAACAUGCUCGCCAAGGUUCCUUCCCCGUGGAACACGGAGCAGGUGAAGCUCAGCACCAAGGGCAAGUUCAGCCGAGCUGCUAUCACCAUCUUCUUCAACCAAGAGAUCGAGAGGAUGCAGCGGGUGCUGAAGCUCGUCAGAAACACCCUCCAGGCCCUCCUGCUCUCUAUGUCCGGCACUCAGCAGCGGAACGACCGGACCCGCGUCCUGCUCAACACGCUCUUCGAGGCCAUGGUCCCUGCUGAGUGGCUGGACGUCUCCUGGAACGUGACGUCACUGGGCGAGUGGAUAGCGAACCUGAUGCAGCGUCACGAUCACCUGGCCAAGUGGAUGGCCAAGAAGUCCUCGAACCAGUACUGGCUGGGCGGCAUGUUCAACCCCCACGGCUUCCUACUUGCCAUCAAGCAGGAGGCGGUGAAGAAGAACUUGUCCGCCGGCUGGUCUCUCGAGGAUCUCUCCUUCGACAUCCAGCCUGCGAGCGCUGCGAGCAAGCGGGAGACGCACGGGCAGGAGCAGGAGUUGUCGCAGGGGAACGCGGUCAUCCUGUAUGGCCUCUUCCUCGAAGGAGCCUCGUGGUCCCAGCGAGAGAGCGGCAGGCUCGUCGACCCUCCAGCUCGCACCCAGCUCAGCGACUUCCCUCGCCUCCUCCUCUCCGUCUUCCGCGAAGUCUCCACCAGCGAUCCCAGCGCCGACCCCAGCUCGCACGCGGGGAUCCGAGACACCCACGGUGUCAUCUACAUGUGCCCCUGCUACACCGGGCUGAGAAGGAGCAGGGAAAGCCUCCUCUUCAUGGUUCCCAUCUACACCGAAGAGCCUGCCAUGGUCGCCCGUUGGACCCUCCGAAAGGUCGCGCUCGUGGCGAACAAGUUUUAAUCCGCCCGUUAGCCUUAAACUUCUACUGCUCGUACUUGAGAGCUUAUGCUGGUCUUGAAAAUUUCCUUCUACUCCUC